CCGUCUCCCUUCAUCCUUCCACCUCCAUCGACAACUAGAUUUUUAUUUCUAGACGAAGUGUAUGCGACCUGGAAAUGCAAAGACCAAGUCCCCUGUCGCUGUCGCUCUCUGCCAUCCACGUGUAAAUUCUCCUCCCUUUUACUACACCUCUUGCCUUCUCGUCCGCCCACGUGUCCGGCGCGUUCCCACCGAGAGAGAAACGCGCUCACUCCUAUAAACACUCUUCCCUGAAAUUCCUCUCGCAACGCACGUUUGCUGCUUUUCUUCUCAAACAUCAUUCAUGGAUUCUCAAGACGUCAAACGCCGUACUAAAGACGCUGACCAACCUGACACCACCACCGACGCUAAGAACGAAGACAUGAGAACUAAGCGAGAGAAAAGAAUGGCUAUGGCCAAACGCGGUAUUAAAUCACUAGGCGUAGCAGUCGCCUUGCCUCUUGCUUUGUCCCUUUUCAAUAUCUACUUCUUCGGCUCCAGAAACGGCUAUGGCAACAUAUCGAAACCUUUUUGGUUCCCGCCUAUGUGGGCUCUACACUUUGCCUGCUUGAGUUCCACCUUCUUAAUGGGUCUCUCCGCUUGGCUCGUUUGGGCUGAAGGAGGGUUCCACAAAGAACCAACGACUCUAUCUCUCUACUUGGCGCAGCUAGGUCUGAGUUUCGCUUGGGAACCGAUUGUGUUCCGGAUGGGAGCCACAUGGUUCGGUUUGGUUGUGUGCUUGGCUAUGUUUGGGGCUCUUGUUGGAUGUUCUCGCAAGUUUAUGAAGCUGAAUCCGAUCGCUGGAGAUUUGGUUAAGCCUUCUUUGGCAUGGGCUACAGUUGUAGCCAUUGUAAAUCUAAAGCUUGCUUUAGUAUGAAAUCUUGGAAGUACAGGCUAGAGGGAUUGUUGUUUGAGAGAAGACUUUGAUGGUGUUUUUGUAAAAUCGUAACAGCUUUACGUGCUUUUAUAUAAUUUAUAUAUAGGUAGUUCCUGUAAAAUGUUUUCUUUUCUUCGUUCUUUUUCUUUGUAGUUUCGUGGUUAUGGCCUUUAUUCUCAACUUGUGACUAGCGAGAAUUUCAUCUUGCUAUUGUAAAAAGAUCUUAGAAGUGCGUUAUGAAAAGUUUGAAAGACAUUUUUGCUGCU